CAAAUCGCAAAUCAUGAGCAAGGAAGCUUGCAAUGAUGCCGCUGCCCUCGUCCUAGCACCGCUUGUCUUGUCGGAGGAUGUUCCGAAUUCCGCCGCGCACCUGGCGCUGCUAUGCUCGACGCGGAAGUUCCAAGCACUUCAAGACGAACUGGCCAACGUUAUGGCCUUGGUCCCACUGCCCCUUGCGUUGGGUCAUUUCGCGUAUUGCAUCGACUUUCACAUUCAGACUGCCUCCUUCAACUGGGCCGCAUACCUCAACAGUCUCGUGGUCGCCCUCGACGUCGCAUCCAAACGUACCUCCAACGACCCCCCGCCAAGCGACGUCCGCCACGUAUCGACAUCGAUCUAUCUCCACCACUUGGCAAACCUCCCAGAACACGUACAUGCAACGGUGACAUGGUGCAAACUCUACCACGUCGACAUCGCCGACCGCAUCACCGGCGCCAUGUCAUUGCUGUACGUCAACUCCAAGGCAGCGCUGGAUCUCAUGCAUGAUCUGUCGCUCCUGCCCCAUCUUCCGGCAGACUCCGUCAUGCGACUCCUCCUCGAGACCAACGACAUUCCCGGGGCCGACCGCUUUGUCCUCGGUGACCCUAUCCGGCAGCGCGCCCUUGUGCACCUCAUGAUCGAACACCAUGUCGACGACAAAGUGAUCAAGAAACGACUGACCAAGUUCCGCCUCCCCCCGGACGACUUUCCCGUCUACGUCGAACGCCGCCGCCGCGCCACGCUGCGUUACCUCGCCCAUGCGAAACAGUACAGCGACGUCCCAGAUGCCGCCGGUUCGUCGGACGCCACGCAGCUGUACGCCGCGAACCUCCUCUACGACCAAUGCGGCCACGAUAACCCCAUCACGAGGUACAUCGUCCACCUCUUCGGUCUCGGCGCGCACUUCCCCGACGUCCUCGCGCCGCCCGCUUCGUUCGACCUUGGCGCCAACAAGGACGACCCGCCCCCCCUUGCCGGCUUCCUCACCUUGGAACAUCUGCAUGCGACCGUGGAAUUCGUCGACUCUGUCGCUGCCGCCACCGCCGCCGCCGCGUUCCUCCUCUCGGAACCAGUGGUAGGCCUCGACACUGAAUGGCGGUCGUCGUUCGAUGCUGCUGCUGCUUCGACGACCCCGUGCGCCGUCUUGCAGUUCGCGUCGGCCUCCCGAGCCUUCGUCAUCGACCUGCAAUCUCCCCGUGACGAUGCCGGCAAGGACGCCAUCCUCGCGGCGUUCCUGCCCCUCUUCACGUCGGACGCCGUGCUCAAGCUCGGAUUGGAUGUGUCGGGGGACUUCAAAGCGCUCGGGGUCCGUCCUGUGCAUUGCAUCCUCGACCUGCAGACACUGCAAAAGGCCAUUGGGGGCCGCGAAGCCCCCACCACGGGCGCCAAGACCUCGCUCACCGACUUGUGUCGUCACUACCUGGGCUUUCCCCUGGACAAGCGCACUCGCAUGUCUAACUGGACGCGCCGCCCGCUCACGAGUGCGCAAAUGGAGUACGCCGCCCUCGAUGCCGUCGCCCUUGUGCACAUCUACCACGCCAUGAAAGCUGCCAGCGAAGGCAAUCCGACCAAGCACAAGGCCGCCAAAACAAGCAACAAGGCUUCGCCCAAGAACAGCUUGUUUGGGUCUAGUUGGAUCUAUUCCAUCUAACGAAUAUAUAUAUAUAUACGACAAUAUUGUGGAUUCGGU